AUGAACUCCGCUCUGGCAUUUUGCCUUCUGCAAGUCCUGGUGGUGCGAUCGAGUGACAUUUGGGAUCAGACGCUGUCUGAUGCUCUGCAGGAGGAUUUCGCUGAGGGCCAUCUGGAGCUGCUGCAGUGGAGGGGCCAGACCUUGACUGAGUCCGAGCAAGUUUCGGGCACCAAUCCAAAGCAUGCAGAGACAGAGACGGAGGAUGUGAAAGUCGCAGGGGCAAUGCAGAGCACUGCCUAUGCUGUCGAGAUCGCCGAGGAGGAGCUGAAGCCAAAGGCUCAGGGCGGAGCGGACUCGGACAAAGCGGAUUUCCGAGGUUACAAGGCUCCGAACACUCCGGCACGUGGCGUCGAAACCGGCAGUUCCACUGCCUUCCACCAGAUGCACCGCCCUUCAGAGCGCUAG